UAUCCAAAAAUCCAAAAUCGCUUCUUCUGCGACUGUCUCGCGCCAUUGCUGCAAGCUUCAUGUGUAUGACAUGAAAACUGGAUUGAAGAAACCAUGGAAAGUGGUGAUCUCAUAUAGUGAUAUGUGAGAGAACAGUUGGUUUAGGUUCAAGGUUUUAUUGUGAAAAUUCUUGGAAUCUACGGAGGGUAGAUGUUUCGAGCUUGGGGAAUGGUGGAUGAAGAGGUUGAUUUUGUAAGGUUUGCAACUUGCACUCAUGCAAAGGCUGGGUGUUCUUGGUUGUAAGGCCCCUUUUGGCUUUGGGAGAAGCUUUAAUAAUCAGAAACUAGGUUGUGUAGCUGGAUCAAUAUUGCCCAUUGUUAUACGUAAAAAUGUUAUUGAAUUGUGUUGUAUAAAGACACAAGGUGUGUUUAGACUUGGAAAUGUUGAGACACAAAGUUGUGCAGUUAGGUCCUCGACCAGGAUAUGGAGUGUAUGUAAUGAUAAUGUUGAUGAAUUAUUUGAUGGCGGUGAUGAUGAAGAUGAUGAUGAUGAGUUGUGUCCGGUUGAAUGCGUGAGAGAAUUCAAUACGGAUGAGGAAUUCUCGAGAAUAAUGGAGAAGGCAAAGCAAACUGGCGCUCUGGUUGUGGUAGACUUCUACCGCACAUCUUGUGGCAGCUGCAAGUACAUAGAGCAGGGGUUCGUAAAGCUCUGCAAGGGAUCUGGUGACCAAGACGCACCCGUUGUUUUCUUGAAACACAACGUGCUUGAUGAAUACGAUGAACAAUCCGAGGUUGCAGAACGCCUGCGAAUCAGGUCUGUGCCCCUCUUUCAUUUCUACAAGAACGGAGUCCUACUCGAAGCGUUUCCAACACGUGAUAAAGAGAGGGUACUUUCAGCCAUUCUUAAAUACUCGGGCUCUUCUCCUCAAGAUGCUUGAGCUGAUGAUCUGGUUUGCACUUAGACCUGUAGAAAUAACAGUCCAGAAUAUUUGCCUUUGUACCUUAUUAUUAUUAUUCUUGGUGCUCAAUACUAAUGCUGGGCGCCCCGCCACGGUUUUCAUUUCCUUGAAAUCGGAAUCUGUAAUGUUGUACUGGCAUCUAUGUUGAGGAGAAAUUUAUGUCAUCAGUUCUCAUGUUCUACUGUCAUGAGCAUAUUUUUCUGCAAAAAGUUUGUCUUUCUGUAGAACUGUAUGUUUCAUGAAAGACUUAUUGCUGAAUUUAUAUCCUCAGUUCUCAUA